AUGGCAGCGUUUGGGCCUCCCCCCCUCACGGGCAUCAAAGUCCUCGAGUUUGCUGGUCUGGCUCCAGGCCCUUUUGCGGGAAUGCUCCUCGCCGACGCAGGCGCGUCCGUCAUACGCAUCGACCGCGUCUCCUCCAAUCCCUCUCUGCCCACCAAUGACAUUCUCGCCCGCCGCAAGGCCUCCGUAUCCGUGGACCUCAAAACCCGCGCAGGCGUGGAUUUUAUCAAAGAGCUCGUUGCCCGGGGCGCCGACGUCCUCAUCGACCCCUUCCGACCGGGCGUCCUCGAGAAGCUCGGCCUUGGGCCCGACGAGCUUCUCGGAAUCAACCCCCGCCUCAUCUACGGACGUCUGACGGGCUUCCGCCGCGACGGGCGGUACGCCGACAUGGCAGGCCACGAUAUCAACUACUUGGCUGUGUCGGGAGUACUCAGUCUUCUCGGCCGAGCCAGCGACACUCCCCAUCCGCCCGCCAACAUCCUCGCCGAUUUCGCAGGUGGCGGUGCAAACCUCGUUCAGGGCAUACUCUUGGCUCUUCUUGCUCGCCACACAUCAGGCAAGGGCCAAGUUGUCGAGGCCAACAUGGUGGACGGAUCAUCCUACCUCGCGACCUUCCCGAGGCUCGCGCUCAAGACUGCCAUGGGUGCUCGCGGUCGCGGUAGAAAUCUGCUCGACGGCGGGUGCCCCUUUUACGAUACCUACGAGACCAAGGACGGUAAAUAUUUCUCCGUCGGAGCUCUAGAACCGCGUUUCUUCGAGCUCCUCACCAAAGGAAUGGGCCUCGAGGGGCGGGGCCUAGAAGAGAAUCGCUUCAAUGUUGACGAGUGGCCCGCCAUUUAUACCUUGUUCAAGGAAACGUUCAAGAAAAAGACUCGCUCAGAGUGGGAGGCCAUCUUUGACGGCACGGACGCCUGUGCCGCUCCCGUCCUGGACUAUGACGAGCUGGAAAAUGACCCUAGCCGGGAGGGAGACCAGCGCCCCUCUGUGACGUUGCGUGGGACUCCAUGUCUGGCAAUCAAGCCGCGGCCAGAAGAAGAAUCCGAUCCCGUGAAGUACGGCCAGGGCUCCGGUGUUGCUGGGGGCGGGUACGUCUGUGAGCCGCUGGCGCCUGGUCAUGGUGGACCCAUUCUGCUGGAGAAAUGGUUGGGGUGGAGGAAGGGAGAACACUAUGAUAUCAAGGGGGACUUCUAUGUGUUGAGAGGCGGCGGAUCCAAGCUGUAA